CGGAUGACAGCAAGAUACAUGUAGGCCCUCCGCACAAUAAAGUGAGACGUUUCAUGGAAAUAUGUAAGAUGUUCAGGGAUCUCAUUAUUCUAUGAGAAGCUCCGUUGCUCUGUCUAACCACUACCAGGGUUAAACAAGCUGAAACCGGGGCCUGUCUGUCUGGACAUUCAGUACUGACCUGCCCCGUUGCGCUCUCACUGCAGAUACAGCUUCCAUGGUUAAUAUUAGCCUAGCAGGCUAAUUAUUGACAGUAGUUAGCUGUUGCUAACCCGAAAACGGUGUGAUGUGCAUAUGUGAGCUUGGUGCUUGGCAGUAGUGGUACCGUACAGGAGGAUGAAUGCAGAGGAGGUGGAACUUCUCAGCGACUCCAAGUACAGGAACUAUGUGGCGGCAGUGGACAAGGCCCUGAAGAACUUUGAGUACUCCAGCGAAUGGGCAGACCUGAUCUCUGCGCUUGGCAAACUCAACAAGGUUUUGCAGAAUAAUGCCAAGUACCAGGUGGUGCCCAAGAAGCUGACGAUAGGCAAACGCCUGGCCCAAUGUCUCCAUCCAGCCCUACCCAGCGGGGUCCACCGCAAGGCCCUGGAGACCUACGAGAUCAUCUUCAAGAUCAUCGGACCAAAACGGCUGGCCAAGGACCUCUUCCUCUACAGCUCUGGCCUCUUCCCCCUGCUGUCCAAUGCUGCCAUGUCCGUGAAGCCCGUGCUGCUGGGCCUGUACGAGACGUAUUACCUUCCUCUGGGCAAGACUCUGAAGCCCGGCCUGCAGGGCCUACUGACCGGAGUACUGCCCGGUCUGGAGGAGGGCUCCGAGUACUAUGACAGGACCAACACGCUGCUGGAGAAGGUGGCAGCUGCGGUGGAGCAGCAGGCCUUCUACAGCGCCCUGUGGGGCAGCAUCCUGACCAGCCCGGCCGUGCGCCUGCCGGGGGUCACCUUCGUCCUGCUGCACCUCAACCGCAAGCUCUCCAUGGAGGACCAGCUCUACGUCAUCGGCAGCGACAUCGAGCUCAUGGUGGAGGCAGUGAGCAUGUCGGUGCAGGACUCCAGCGUCCUGGUCCAGAGAAGCACGCUGGACCUCAUCCUCUUCUGCUUCCCCUUCCACAUGAGCCAGGCAACGCGACCAGACAUGAUCAGGAUUCUGUCAGCUGCGCUGCAUGUGGUUUUGAGGAGGGACAUGUCUCUCAACCGGAGGCUCUACGCCUGGCUGCUCGGUUUUGAUAACAAUGGUGUGAAACUAGGCCCUCGCAGCACACGGCACAGUAACCCAGAGGAGCAUGCGACGCUCUAUUUUAACACCUACUCCAAGGACAUGCUGAUCCAGGCGAUGGUGGGGAUCCUACAAGGAAAAGCACGAGGAGGGGAGGAGGAGAGUGUGUUGAUGCACGACCUGAAGCCAUUCCGCAUCCUCAUCAGCCUGCUGGACAAGCCAGAGCUGGGUCCGGCCAUCCUGGAGGAUGUGCUGAUUGAGGUGUUCAGGACUCUGCACACUCAGUGCCGAGCUGAGCUGGACCUGCAGACCCAGAGCCCUUUCAGCAAGGACCACACACAGCUCAGCAGUAAACUGCGAGAGAACAAGAAGACUGCAGAACUCAUCAAAACAGCCAACCUUCUGUUCAACUCUUUUGAGCCAUAUUACAUGUGGGACUACAUCGCUCGCUGGUUUGAAGACUGCUGCAGGAAAACCCAGAGUAGCCAUCCGAAUGCCCCGGAGCAUGCUGGGAGCUCUGAGCCUGCGGCCCUGUCUCUGCUGGAGUUCUGUGAGCUCAUAGACUUCCUGUUGGACAUCGUGUCCCUGGAGACGUACAUCGAGAUCCAGACGGAGCACCUGCCCCAGCUGCUGCUGCGGAUGGUGUGCGCGCUGACGGCCCACCUGCAGUGCCUGGGCCUGGGGGAGCUCACGCACUGCCUGCGCCUCUGCUCCAAGAUCCUGAGCAAGGUGCAGCCGCCGCUCGUCUCCCCCCUCAGCCUGCCCCAGGGCUCCGCCGCCGCCGCCACCCCCACCACCCCCACGCCCACGUCCAGCUCCGCACCACCAGCCCUGGACAGGGAGGACCGGCGGUCUUUGCCGUCGUCUCUGGAGCUUCCCGCCGUGCCUGGUGAGGUGUUUGAGGACAGCAACGGUCAUGCUGCCGGCGGCCGUUCCUCCGAGAACAGCUUCACCGAAUUCGUCCAGUACCAGGAGGACGGCGAGCGGCCGCAGCACGACACCGCCCACUCCCCCGAGGACCCCUCCACCUCCACCUCCGCCUCCUCCACCACCACCACCACCACCACUCCGACCACUCCGCGGCCCCCUCCCAGGUCUGGGGCGGCCCUCAGCAAGCCUCAGGACAGCAAGCCUGUCAUGCAGUGCUGUCUGGAGCAGUUCCAGCACUUCCUGUCCCGCCUCAUCACCCUCUACAUCACUUCCCCCUCCGCUGCCAACGGCAACGGUGCUGCCGCCGUCGCCACAGGGGUCGCAGAGCUCGAGCGUCCGUUGCCCCCCCGACCCCCCAAAAUGGACACGCUGAAGGUCGGGGUGCCGUCCAGGCAGGGGGGGGUGGAGGGGGAGGAGGGAGAGGAGGCGGGCGAGAGGGAGCGGACAGAGUGUCUGGCGGCCUUCACGGCGGCCUGUCAGCUCUUCCUGGAGUGCUCCAGCUUCCCCGUCUACAUCGCCGAGGGCAACCUCAAGGCCACGCCCAGCAGGGAGGACCUGGCAGAUGGCGAGCGCCCGGCGGGCUGGCUGCAGUGUCUGAUGGACGCGUGCUGCGCUCCGGUGGACUUCAGCGUCCAGGGUGUGGCCAUCUCCCUCCUCAUGGACCUGGUGGGGCUCACCCAGUCCGUCGCCAUGGUGACGGCCGAGCGGGUGGGCAGCGCCGAACCGGCCCCGCCCAUGAGCCCCAGCCAGGGCCGCGUCGCCGUGGUGAUAAGGCCGCCCCUCACGCAGGGCAUCCUCAAGUACAUUGCUGACAAGACCAACUUUUUUAAGACUGUAGCUCUGAUCCUGUGGGAGCAGUUGGGUGAGGGUACCCCUCAGCAUCACCAGCGCAGCGUGGAGCUCUUCUACCAGCUGCACAACCUGGUGCCCUCCUCCAGCAUCUGUGAGGACGUCAUCAGCCAGCAGCUCAUGCACAGAGACAAGAGGGUGCGUCUGGAGGCCCAUGUCAAGUUCUCCGUGCUGUGGCACCUGACCAGGGACCUGAACAUCACCAAGUCUUCCCCUUUCAACCGCACUUUUGACCGCUCUCUGUUCAUCAUGCUGGACAGCCUGACGUUCUGGGACGGCUCGGCGAGCGCGGUGGGCCGGGCGUGGCUGGACCAGGUGCUGCAGCGUCACGACAUCGCCCGCGUGCUGGAGCCCCUGCUGCUGCUGCUGCUGCACCCCAAGACGCACCGCGUGUCCAUCCAGCGCGUCCAGGCCCAGCGCCACUGGGCACAGAACUUCCCCCAGCACGGCCCCGCCGAGCCGCCCGACCCAGAGCGAGACCCGUCCGAACCCAUCUACAUGAGGGACUCUGGCUUCUCUGAUAACUUCAGCCAUGGCGACGGUGGGCAGGGCCGUGUCCAUCUCCUCCCACUGGACGACAUGGAGCCCUUCAGCCUGACGGUCAAUCCCCUGAGCGACAGCCUGUCCCUGCUCAGCCUGAGCAGUGAGAACUUGCAGCUGUGUGGCGACUACGCGCCUCCAGACCAGCAGGGGGAGCCGGCCAGCUCCGACUCGUGCGGCUCCAACAACUCCACUGUCGACAACGGCAGCUUCGAGGAGCCCGAGGCGGAAGGAGAAGGUGGAGAAGGUGGCAUUACGGAGAACGGGUGCGACUCUAGAGGAGAGCCAGCGGAGGGCGCAGGGGAGGAUGAGGAGGCCGAGGCUGAGGCGGAGGUGGUGGUGAUGGAGGAGGAGGAAGAGGAGGUCGUAUCCACGGUGAUGGCGGAGCUCCUGGACAGGGUGGUGCAGGCGGCGGUGGAGGAGAGCGGAGCGUUGGACACCCCGUCCCCCCCCGAGGCCUGGCCGCAGACGGACACGGACAGCGUCCACUCCUCGUCCUCCUCGUCCGCCUCCGUCAUGGACACCCCCGCCGGUGCAGGCCAGCGGCCGGCCCUGGGUCCCUUCCCCGCCGGGUCCGCUCAGCACAGGACGCUGCCGGAGCUGGUGGCCGGGGGCACCCUGGGGUUCUUCUCCAUGGCCGCCACCAACACCAGCUCCAUCUCCGACGCCCCCACCCCCACGACCUCCUCCGUCGCCUCCGUCGCCUCCGUCACCCCCCUCCUCCCCGCCUCCGUGGCCCGGCCCAGGGCGGAGGAGCACCGCGAGGGCAUCACGCGCCACAGCUCGUCGCCCUCCAUCGUCACGCUGCCCGACAGCAGCUGCAGCAGCAGCGGCGUGGGCGUGGGCGUGGGCGGCGGCAGCACCACCACGGUCAGCGUGGCGGGCAGCAGCGUCGGGGGCUCGUCCACCGACCUCAGCGUCCUGCUCCACGCCGACGACCCGCAGGCGCGCAAGCGCAGCCACAGCAGCACGCAGCUCAGCCUCAAGGGCAAGAUCAUGGAGCGGCUGGCCGCCAACGACAAGUCGCCCGGCGCCAAGCCCAAGGUCAAGAAGGCCAAGCGCAAGGAGGAGGAGCGCCGCCGACAACAACAACAACAACAACAACAGCAGCUUCUCCAGAGUGGACGCAGCCGGCCGCCUAGCAUCUUCUUCGGAGACAGCCUGGACCUGGAGAACUGGUACAGCUGCGGCGAGGGCGAGGUGUCCGAGAUCGAGAGCGACGCGGGCUCCCCCAGCGGAGGAGGAGGAGGCGCAGACUCAGGAGGAGGUGCAGGGUCGAAGCAGCGCCUGUCCUCCUCCUCCACCUCCCCGGCGCCGCCGCGCUUCAACAUCCACCCGCUGUACCAGCACGUGCUGCUGUACCUGCAGCUGUACGACUCGUCGCGCACGCUCCACGCGCUCUCGGCCGUGGCGGCCAUGCUGCGGGCCUCGCCGGCCGCCUUCGUCCAGGCCAUCGCCACCACCGGCGUCACGCACACACACACGCCGCAGCUCUCGCUGCUUCAGAACCUGCUCGCCCGCCACCGCGUCUCCGUCAUGGGCAAGGACUUCUACUGCCCCAUCCCCCAGCAGGACGCCCACGCCGCCCACCCCUUCCGCGGCGCCAUGUUCCUGGAGGUGGUGCUGUCGCUGUGCCUGUACUUCCUGCGGAGCUACUACGCGGCGCACGUGGCGGCGGCCGCCCAGGACCUGGCGGGCAACCGCGCCAUGCAGCUGACCAGCGUGGAGGUGCUGACGCUGCUGUUCGGCGAGCUGGCCAAGGUCAUCGGCGGCUCCGCCAAGGGCUUCGCCAGCUUCAUCAGCGACGUGCUGUCCAAGUGCAAAGUGCAGAAGGUGGUGCUGCACUGCCUCCUCUCGUCCAUCUUCAGCGCCCAGAAGUGGCACGAGCAGCGCUGCGGCGGCGGUGCCAACGUGGCGGCGGUGGAGGAGGGCCUGUCGGAGGACAGCGUCAUCAACCUGUCCGAGGAGCAGCUGGACGGGUGCAGCGCGCUCCAGUCCCAGCUGCUGCGCCUCCUGCAGAGCCUGGUGGUGCUGGAGCACCGCGUGCUCACGCCCUCCGAGGACGGAGCCGACGGAGGCGUGGGGGGCGUGGGCGUGCCCGGGGCGGGCGGCGGCGGCGGAGGAGGAGGAGGAGGGGUGGUGGGUGGCGUGGGUGCUAGCGGCGGAGGUGGCGUUUCGGGCGCCGGGGGCGCGUUCGAGCUGCUCGGGGGCGAGGUGGAGCACGUGAGCCCGCAGCAGCCCUUCACGUCGCUGCAGUACCUGCACGGGCAGCCCAUCACGGCGCAGGGCAUGUUCCUGUGCGCGGUCAUCCGCGCGCUGCACCAGAACCACGCCUGCAAGAUGCACCCGCAGUGGAUCGGCCUCAUCACCGCCACGCUGCCCUACAUGGGCAAGGUGCUGCGCCGCGUCGUGGCCUCCGUCACCCUGCAGCUCUGCCGUAACCUCGACAACCUCAUCCAGCAGUACCGCUACGAGACCGGACUCACCGACACCAGACCCCAAUGGAUGGCUUCGUGCAUCCCCCCUGACCUGAUUCUUACUGUUCUGGAGGGAGUGACGGCCAUCAUCCACUACUGCCUGCUGGACCCAGCAUCUCAAUAUCACCAGCUCCAAGUGAGUGUGAACCAGAAGCACCUGGCGGAGGCUCGCGCGGGCAUCCUGUCCAUCCUGCACACCAUCAUGUCGUCGGUGACGCUGCUGUGGAGCGUGCUCUACCUGGUGGACAGCUCCGACCGGCCCGCCUCCGCCUCCGCCUGCUACAGCUCCAACAUCAACCUCGGCUCCACCAAGAACCUGCGGCAACAGAUCCUGGAGCUCCUGGGCCCCAUCUCCAUGAACCACGGGGCCCACUUCAUGGCUGCCAUCGCCUACGUGUGGAACGAGAGGAAACAGGUCAAGAGCUCCGCCAGGAACAAGGUGAUCCCCGUGGCGUGUGAGGAGCAGCUGCUGCUGGUGGAGCUGGUGCGGUCAGUGAGCGCCAUGCGAACGGAGACGGUCAUCCAGACGGUCAAGGAGGUGCUCAAGCAGCCGCCCGCCAUCGCCAAGGAGAAGAAACAUCUCUCUCUCGAAGUGUGUAUGCUCCAGUUCUUCUACGCCUAUGUGCAGAGAAUCCCCGUGUCCAGUCUGGUGGACAGCUGGCCGUCUCUUCUGGCUCUGCUGAAGGACUCGGUGCAGCUCGGCCUCCCCGCUCCAGGACAGUUCCUCAUCCUGGGGGUCUUGAAUGAGUUCAUCCUGAAGAAUCCCAACCUGGAGAGCAAGAAGGACCAGAGGGAGUUGCAGGACGUGACCCAUAAGAUCGUGGAGGCCAUCGGAACCAUCGCCGGCUCGUCCCUGGAGCAGACCACCUGGCUGCGGAGGAACCUGGAGGUCAAACCCUCGCCUCAGAUCGUAGUGGACGGGUCCAGCCUGGAGGCUGAUGUGGAAGAUCUCAUGCUCACAGUGAUGGAGGCUUCCAGCUUCACUCCAUCUGUGUACAGCGUUCACGCCCUCACACUGCUGGCUGAGGUGCUGGCCCAUCUUCUGGAUAUGGUAUUCUAUAGUGAUGAAAAGGAGAGGGUCAUUCCCCUGCUAACAAACAUCAUGCACUACGUGGUGCCUUAUCUUCGCAACCACAGUGCCCACAACGCGCCGAGCUACCGCGCCUGCAUCCAGCUCCUGAGCAGCCUUAGUGGGUACCAGUACACACGCCGUGCCUGGAAGAAAGAAGCCUUCGACCUCUUCAUGGACCACACUUUCUUCCAGAUGGACUCCUCCUGUGUCAGCCACUGGAGGGCUAUCAUAGACCACCUGAUGACACAUGACAAGACUACCUUCAGGGAUCUGAUGACACGUGUGGCAGUAGCUCAGAGUAGCUCUCUGAACCUGUUCACCAAUCGGGAUGCAGAGCUGGAGCAGAGGGCCAUGCUGCUCAAACGGCUGGCCUUCACCAUCUACAGCAGCGAGGUCGACCAGUACCAGAAAUACCUGCCUGACAUCCAAGAGCGGCUGGUGGAGAGCCUGCGUCUGCCCCAGGUUCCCAUCCUCCACGCUCAGGUGUUCCUGUUCUUCAGAGUGCUGCUGCUGCGCAUGUCCCCGCAGCACCUCACCUCCCUGUGGCCCACCAUGAUCACGGAGCUGGUCCAGGUGUUUUUACUGAUGGAACAGGAGCUGAUCGCAGACGAAGACAUCACCAGGACGUCCGGGCCCUCUGUGGCGGGCCUGGAGACGACCUACUCAGGAGGCAACGGCUUCUCUACCUCUUACAACAGCCAGCGCUGGCUCAACCUCUACCUGUCUGCCUGCAAGCUGCUGGACCUCGCGCUGGCCCUGCCCUCCGAGAGCCUCCCACAAUUCCAGAUGUACCGCUGGGCCUUUGUCCCGGAGGCGUCGGACGACUCUGGGCUGGAGGUGCGGAGGCAGGGCACGCACCAGAGGGAGUUCAAGCCUUACGUGGUGCGCCUGGCCAAACUGCUGAGGAAACGCGCUAAGAAGAACCCAGAGGAGGACUGUUCCACGCGCACGCUGACCUGGGAGCCGGGCCACCUGAUGCUGACGCUGUACGUGAUCCGCAGCAUGGAGCAGCUGCUGCCGUUCUUCAACCUGCUCAGCCAGGUGUUCAACAGCAAGGCCAGCAGCCGCUGCGGCCGCCCCUCCCACAGCCCCGCGCCCGCCGGCAGCCCCUUCCCCGGCAAGGACGGCAAGCUGGAGAGCCAAAAAGUCUUCUGGAGCCGCGCGCGGCAGAACAUCGAGGAGAUGGUGGAGAAGGACUUCCUGGAGGGCCUGAUCAAGACGUGACCUGAUCUUAUCGAAACGUGACCACUGGAAAAAAAAAGAGACUAACGUGACAAGGGACAAGCUGUACAGAUUACUCAAACCUCAGACUUGCAAGGGAAAAAAAAUGGACAAAGGACAAAACGUGAUAGGGAUUUCGAAAAUAAAAAUAAAUAUUAAUAAUGACAUUUGUACAUUUUUUUGUUUGUUUUUGUAUUUAUAAUGACUUGUAAUUUGUUUCCUUUUUUAUUUUCUGAAGCGACACUAUUUAACUUAAAUGACUUUGUUUCUACGUUGUGGAGCUGCUUUGACUACACUAAACUUGAGCGAUUUGUGAGCCCUGGGGGACAGUGGAGAUUCCGUGUGCCAUUCCAUAUCGUUGUGGUGUAUUUCAAUUAUGACAAACCAACCAGAACUUCAAAAUCAAAUCAACACAUGAAUUGUUAACAUUUCAGUGUGUAUCCAGUAACAUAGACAGUAAGUAGCCUGAUAAUCCUGCCACGGAAUUGCACAUCGUGUGUGGAAAUAUACCAUAUCAUUCCUAACCAAAAUGUCAUCGAUAACUCAUUUCAGUGUCUGAAUUUAUCACUGUUGCAAUAGAUUUUUUUGCUGUAGGGGGUUUGAUUUCCUCCAGAGCAUGGGGAAGGGCAAAUGUUAACAUAAUGAUUAUGACCCUUUAGAUUCCCAGAGCUGCUCAUCAGGCCAUGAUGCUGACAUGUUUUUGAUGUGUAUUGAAAGAUCUUGUGUGGCUUGGAAUAAAAUAAUGAUUGAAAAACAA